GUUUGGCCUUCAGACAACUGUCUUUCCAGUAAGGAACAGCCAGCAUACAGGUGACGUUAUAACCUUAAUUAUCCAGGUGAUACAUACAGUACAGGUACUGGUAGGAAUACUGCAUCCAUUUUCUUCCACUAAUUGUAAGAUCCUGUGAGGACGCGUGGUGGCGCUGCAGGAUAAGAAGGGACAAACUGGAACUGCAGGUUCUCCAUUAACUAGAAAAUUUUACCAGCACAGCCUGGGAAACUCGGAUGCUGAAACUGAGACGGGGACUCAGACAAAAAGGAGGUCUGUGUUCUCUGAAGAAGGAUUUGAAAAGUACUGGCAUAUUUCUCAGGUAUCUUGUGGAAUAACUACAGUUUUAGAUACUGGAGACUUUACAGUUGAGAAGGAAAGCAGAAGGAAAGAAAGCUGUACCGCAGCGCAAGGACAAUGGAAACCGGCCGGAAGCUCUUUGGCACACAAAGGCAAGUCCUGUUUUCCUUUUUCCUACUGGGUUUAGUUUUGGUGGGCGCGGUGGAACUCAAACGCUACUCUGUGGUGGAGGAAAUGGAGGGCAACACCUUUUUAACCAAUUUAGCAAAGGACUUGGGUCUGAGCCAGGGGGACCUCUCCAGAAGGGGGAUUAGGGUCAUUUCCAAAGGGAACAAACUGCGCUUGCAGCUCCAUCAGGAGACCGGGGAAUUGUUCGUAAAUGAGAAACUGGACCGAGAGGAACUGUGUGGACACGCAGAGCCCUGUAUGCUGUAUUUCCAAGUGUUGCUGGAGAGUCCCUUAGAGUUUUUCCAAGCUGAGCUACAAGUAAUAGACAUAAAUGACCACUCUCCUCAAUUCCUGGACAGAGAAAUGUUGCUUACAAUAUCAGAGAGCAGCGCUCCUGGGACUACAUUUCCACUGAAGAAAGCUCAGGACAUGGAUGUAGGACCAAAUAAUAUCGAGAACUAUGUUCUUAGUCCCAACUCUUAUUUUCAGGUCCUCACUCGCAAAGGGAGUGACGGUGGGAAAUAUCCUGAACUGGUGCAGGACAAAGCUCUGGAUCGAGAGGAGGAAGCAGAGCUCAGGUUAACCCUAAUAGCACAGGAUGGUGGCUCUCCACCCCGGUCUGGCACUGCUCAGGUUCACAUAGAAGUGGUGGACACAAAUGAUAAUGCUCCUGAAUUUGAGCAGCCUCUCUACAGGGUACAGAUCCCUGAGGACAGCCCCAUCGGCUUCCUGGUUGUCAUGGUCUCUGCUAUAGAUAUAGACAUAGGAAUCAAUGCAGAGAUUUCCUAUUCACUCUUCCAGGCUUCAGAGGACAUCAGUAAAACUUUUGAGAUCAAUCCUAUGACAGGAGAAAUUCGACUGAUGGACCAACUUGACUUUGAAAGAAUUCAGUCCUAUGAAGUCAAUGUGGAAGCUAAAGACACUGGAAGCUUUGCUGGAAAAUGCACUGUCCUGAUCCAAGUCCUGGAUGUGAACGACCAUGCCCCUGAGCUUACUAUGUCUGCGCUUACCACGUCCAUCCCAGAAAACUCACAUGAGAUAGUGGUUGCAGUUUUCAGUGUUUCAGAUCUUGACUCCGGAGAAAACGGGAAAAUAAACUGCUUCAUUCAGGACGAGCAUCUACCUUUCUUGCUGAAAUCUCCAGUAGAAAAUUUUUACACACUACUAACAGAGAGCCCGCUGGACAGAGAGACCACAGCGGAGUACAACAUCACCAUCACCGUCACCGACCUGGGGACGCCCAGGCUGAAAACCCAGCACACCAUCACCGUGCUGGUCUCCGACGUCAACGACAACGCCCCCACCUUCACCCAAAGCUCCUACACCCUCUCGGUGCCCGAGAACAACAGCCCCGCCCUGCACAUCGGCAGCGUCAGCGCCACAGACUCAGACUCGGGCACCAACGCCCAGCUCACCUACUCGCUGCUGCCGCCGCCCCACGACCCGCUCCCGGGCCUCGCCUCGCUCGUGUCCAUCAACGCCGACACCGGCCAGCUGUUCGCGCUGCGGGCGCUGGACUACGAGGCCCUGCGCGCCUUCGAGUUCCGCGUGCGCGCCACCGACCGCGGCGCGCCCCCGCUCAGCGGCCAGGCGCGCGUGCGCGUGCGCGUGCUGGACGCCAACGACAACGCGCCCUUCGUGCUGCACCCGCUGCAGAACGCGUCCGCGCCCUGCACCGAGCUGCUGCCCCGCGCCGCCCAGCCCGGAUACCUGCUCACCAAGGUGGUGGCGGUGGACGCCGACGCGGGCCAGAACGCCUGGCUGUCCUUCCAGCUGCUGCAGGCCAGCGAGCCCGGGCUGUUCAGCGUGUGGGCGCACAGCGGCGAGGUGCGCACCGCCAGGCCGCCGGGCGAGCGCGACGCGCCCAGGCAGCGGCUGCUCGUGCUGGUCAGGGACAACGGCCAGCCGCCGCUGUCGGCCAGCGUCACGCUGCACGUGCUGCUGGUGGACGGCUUCUCGCAGCCUCACCUGCCCGGGCCCGAGGCGGCGGCCGAGCGCGCGCAGGCCGACCCGCUCACCGGCCCCCUGGUGGUGGCGCUGGCCUCGGUGUCGUCGCUCUUCCUGUGCUGGCUGCUGCUCUUCGUGGCGCUGAGGCUGUGCGGGAGGAGCGGGCGGGCCGCGCUGCCUGGCUGCCCUGCGCCCGAGGGCCCCUUUCCGGGCCAACUGCUGGACGUCAGCGGGGCGGGCACGCUGGCCCACAGCUACCAGUAUGAGGUGUGUCUCACUGGAGACUCUGGGACUGGUGAGUUCAAAUUCUUGAAGCCAUUUUCCCCCAACCUCCCACCCCAGAGUGCUGGGGAAGAAACAGAAGGAAACGUUGCUGUCCGGAACAGUUUUGGCUUCCAGUAGUGGACUGAUUGUGAUGCUGUGUUUUCUGCCGUUUAUUCCUAAAUGACUCAGCUAUAGAAAUUAAGUGUUAGGGAGAAACAUUUCACCUUUAGAUAUACCUUUGAUUUUUCUCUUGUAA